AUGGCCCCUCGACCAGCCUUCCGGUCGAAGAGAAUGCCCCAAGAGGAAAAGGGUCCCGCGACCAAGGAGGCCGCUAGCAGUUUUGACAAAAUGGGCGUCCAGGGAAAAGUUGCUGAUGUCGCCGAUGCCUUUGGUUCAGGGGACACUGUGUCGGUGGGUGACAUUUUUUGGAAGGAACACAGGAAAAGUUCCCACAGGUCCACUGACCCACGUGCGGACGCUGGGUUGAAGCGGCCAAAAGUGUCUUCCGCAGAAGUGGACAUGCCUCCUCGCACUGUUUCCACCCCUGCGGCGUCCAACCAUAUUUUCGGCUCUCAUAAGUAUGGUAAGUCCCGAUUCUAUGCGGAGUCCAUUUGGUCGAGUGACAGCUUGGUUCGGGGGCAACUGUUCGGUUAUGGGGAGUUGUGGCUGCGCUCUCGGCCCGAGGACUAUGGUGAGAUGCGGGUAUAUUUGGGGUUAAGCUCUUCUGGCGAAAUGAGCUCUGUGGAAGAAGAAACUUAUCACAUUGCUCAUUCUUUAGGAGCCGCUUCGAGUUCUCGGGUGAUCACAAACGUAGAUCACCACACCAUAGGUCUUCUACCCAACAAGGUUGUGGCGGAGUUCGCCGAUGCUUGCUCUGGCUAG